UUGAUAAUUUUUUUUUUUAUAACAUCGUGAGAAGGAAAAGUCGUUCUUGACGCAAAGCGUCGCGCAUUGAAAAAAUAUUUGACAGCUGCUAUUUAAGAGAGUUAUUAUAAUAUAAAUAGGAUAAUAAAUCUCCCGACUAGUUUGAAUUGCGUAAUUGUGUCGCGUGCACUUCUUUGACUGCGUAAACGUAGUGGUUUUACAAUCGUUUGCUUCAAAUGGUUUUGUGGUGGCGGUGGUUGCCAGUGCAACUUGCACAUGAAGAAUUGUGGUAAUCCAGUCGACGACGACGAGUUUUGGUUGAAAUGGCUGAAGACGGAGCUAUUGGCUCUUCCGGCAGUAACAGCAGCGGUGAAGCUAGUCGACUCCAACUGUUGCAAGAGAUGCGACAACAAAAUUUUGACAGCAUACGUUUUGCUUCAUAUCGUACCGCCUGCAAACUCAGGUUUAUCCAGAAGAAAGUUCACAUGCACAAUGUUGACAUUUGGAAUGUAAUCGAGGCAUUCAGGGAAAAUGGUCUUAAUACAUUAGAGCCAUCGAGUUCACUCGGCGUAUCAAGACUUGAAACACUUUUGUCUUCCUUAUUUCAUGCUUUAAAUAAAAGAGUUCCAGUUGCGCAACAAGCUAAAGUUGAUACAACAACGGCCUUACUUAUGAAUUGGCUGAUAGCGGCAUAUAGUGGAGAGGGCAACAAAAUUUCGGUGUUUUCUGUCAAGGUGGCCCUUGCAACACUUUGUGCUGGCAAAUUAAUGGACAAAUUUCGAUAUAUUUAUUCACAAAUAUCUGACAGUAAUGGUCACAUGAUUCAUUGGAGAUUCGAUGAAUAUUUAAGAGAAGUUUUAGCUUUGCCGGCCGCUGUUUAUGAAUCACCUUCUUUCGGUUACUCAGAAUCAUUAGCGAGUUCGAUUUUUCUCCCGAACACAAAAGUCACUGUCAAUGAUUUCUUGGAUACCCUAAUGUCUGAUCCAGGACCCCAUUGUUUAAUUUGGCUCCCUCUUUAUCAUCGAGUCGCUGCUGUUGAAUCCGUGACUCAUCCUACCAUGUGUGACGCUUGUCACAAGGAAAAUUUCAUGGGAUUUAGGUAUCGUUGCCAAAAGUGUCACUCGUACCAACUUUGUCAAGAUUGUUUUUGGCGAGGAAAAGUUUCGGGUACUCACAACAAUGAUCAUGAUACGAGGGAGUACAGCAGUUUUAAGUCACCGAGUAAACAAAUUGGUCAUUCUUUGAGGAAGAGCUUUCGAUGUGUUCCCGAGAAGGGAAAAAAUCACAUACCAAGGUUUCCAGAACAGCCGGAAAAAACUCUGGAUUUAUCACACAUUGUACCUCCUUCACCGUUACCUUCUCAUAAUGGAUUUCCGGAUUCAGGAUUCAUGGCGCCUUUUGACGCUGGAUCCAUGGAUAGCCGUUCCACUUUACGAAGCAUGGACAGUUCAAGAAUGGACGACGAGCAUAAAUUAAUAGCUAGAUAUGCACAACGAUUGGCUCAAGAGGCACGAACUGUUCCUCGUGCCGCUUCCAGAAUGUCACAAGCGGAGCAAAUGCAAGGACGAGCACCAUCGGAUGCAAAUCUUUCAUCAUUGGAAACAUCGAGGGCGCAAAGGGAAUUGAUCUCUCAAUUGGAGGCGAAAAAUAAAGAAAUAAUGCGAGAGAUUGCAAGGUUAAGGAGACAACAAGAAAUCGAGGCAGCUGGGUUAGAAAAUCCCGCUUUGAUGUCGGAAUUAAGAGCUCUUAGGCAAAGAAAAGAUGAAUUGGAGAGUCAUCUGGCGACCCUUCAAGAUUCCAGGCGGCAACUUAUGGUACAACUCGAGGGCUUGAUGAAAAUGCUAAAGAAUCACCAAGCAUCACCGAGAUCGACACCAAACAGUUCACCAAGAAGUACAAAGUCUCCACCACUGCCACCGGGUGCAAUUCCCAGUAGUAGAUCAGCACCACCGACACCUGGUGGACCAUUGUCAACAUUACAGCAUCAAAAUCAACACACCAUGUCCCAAAGCUACCAAAGUCCAGUGCCCACAACGUCAGUAGCCAAUAUGUCUGGAAACGCAAUGCUAGGAACGGUACAGAAUCCUAUACCGGAUAGUCUCUCUUGUGUUGGAGGAGAUGUAAGGUCUGCGUUCAGGACAAACAGUUUACCCGGAAGUGGAUCGAGCAGUGGGAACAAUAGCUUGGGAAGAUCCUUAAGGAAUGAUUUGUUGGUAGCUGCCGACAGCGUCACUAAUGCUAUGUCGACACUCGUCAGGGAAUUAAAUUCAGACUCAGACCAGGAGGAUCAGUCUCACAACUUUGGCCGCCAUAACUUCAGAAAGCCGCUAGACUUCGAGGUCGCUGAAGAUGGUGACGACAGCAGUGGAGGAGGUAAUUCUUGGCGGGAGGAAUUACAACGACGCUAUCAACAGGAACACGACUUCUUGGCAGAAUUAAGAGCGAGAAAUGUUUACGCCUCAAGAACACCGUCAACAAAUUCGUGUAGUGAUCUCGAUAGAGGUGAAAGAGAAGAAGCUGAAGGCGAAAAAGAAGAUGACAGCGCCGAGGCACAAUGGGUUGAAGCCGUUCAUCGAUGGGUACAUCGGUAAACGUCACUUUCCCCCUCCCAAAAAAAAGUUUAGGCCUUUAUACUCGCGAAACAUUCAAUAUUAGAGAAUUUAGAGUCUCUGACUUUUUUUUGAAGAAAAAAAAAUUUUCGCUCAAAUAUGCAUUUAAAUGAAAAGAAACAAUAAAAAUUUCUUUAAAUAUUGAACGAAAAUUUCAAUUGUCAUAGUAUUUGAAAGAGACCGAAUAUUAUUAAAUAAUCAAAUCAUCAAAAUUAAGUAAAAAUUGUCAUCUAACAUACAUUUAAAGAAUUGUGAACAGAGGAAAGCAAACAAUUUUGUGAUUAUGUUUGACGACAAACUUACAAAUGUGUGUAAUUUGACAAAAAAUAAUACAUAUUUGUUCAAUCACUGAUUAAAAUCAAAAAAUCUUUAUAAAAAGCAAAAAUAGCAAAACUUUUAUUAGCAUCAUAUUAUGUAGAUUUUCAUAUAAUAAUCUCUUUAAAAUGAAAAAAAACGAGCGACAAUUAAUGCAAUGGACAAUGUUUGCUAGACUGCAAUUUACAUUUCUAGUUUAAAUCGAUAAGGCUGAAAGUUUUUAUAAUUCGAGGGAUUUUAUUAUAUACAAAAAAAUACAGAAAAAUUCUAUUUCCAUUUGGGAAAUACAAAAUAAUACGAAUUAUAAUAAUACUAAUAAUAUUAAUAGACAUUUCUUGACCAACGUUUUUCCAAUUCUUGAUACAACUAUAAACCUAUAUAAGCUUACUUAAAUGAACCAGACGUCGUUUUGUAUCUUCAUAUACAUAAAUAGAUAAUAUAAAAACAUUAUUAAAUUCAUGAGGCAAAUUUUUUAAGUGGUUCGUAAUAACUGACCAAAAAAAAUAAAGAAAUAAUAAUAUAGUUCUGCAAUAGAUGAUCAGCUCAAUCAAUAGAUUUUUUUUGGAUUAUUAGUGCUUGCCUCUCUCAGAUGGUGGUGCGAGGAUAUCGGAUUUUCAAAAUUCAAAAAGGUCGGAUACAAAGUGGAGGAAGAUUUUUUAAAAAAUUUAUUAAAUAACAGUUUAAGAAGUGACAUUUUUAAACGAGAAUGAAAACAAACAUGCCGGCGCAUAUACAGACAUUUCUUGAGUGUGCCUGUGCUCCAGGAGACAGCGCCAAUUCGAGCAAGUGACUGCUGAAUGAAAUUAAAAAAAUUAUAAAAUACAUUAUUUUACUAUUUAUUGCUUUAUUUUUAUUAUUCUUGCGUUAAGUUAUAGUAAAUGAGUAGAACAGCGAGGUUCCUUGUAGUUUCAAACCACAAAAAAAGUCCUUUACCCACAUAUCCUUAAGGGGGGUAUGGUUAAUUCGGAGUAAAAAAGGCACAUUUUUAAUAAUUUUUUUCGGUAAUUUGAAUGCUCAAAUGCUCAUAACUUCGUCAAUUUUGCUCCGAUCGACUUGAAAUUUUCACACAAUAUUCAUGAAAUAUUAUACAUUCAUUUAAAAAAAUUUUAAAAAUGCAAAAAAAAUUAAAUAUCAUACCCCCCCCCUUAAAACUCAUUACUUGGAGAUUUUCUUGAUUACUGAUUGUGACUUUUCUGUUAAAUUUGUAAAUAGUGACACUGAAAACUUUCAAAUAACGAGUUUCAAGCGUAUUUCAUCAAUUUUUAAAAAUUCUUCAGCUAUAUUGGAUUCACCAUUCUGAAUUUUGAAAAAAUAAUAUCGAAUUCGUAAUCAUGUACUGUUUUGCAGUUUUAGUUUUUUUUUAAUAUUUAUAUGAUCUGGGUAUGAAAGCAAAUAAUUAAAUUAAACUUUUAGUAUUUAUUUGAACAAAUUAUUAAUGUCAUUUCUUUUAAUUCAACACAUUUUGUGAAUAAAAAUUUGUAACUUUCUCUGAUUUAUGCAAUUUUUUUCUAUUAAUAUUAAUUGAUUGUGUUGAUAACUAUUUAAUUAGUAAUUUUCACAAUAGAAAUAUUAUAUUCUAUAUAUUAUAUUAUAUUUUAAUUUUAAAACGAAUAUAAUAAUUUUCCUCCACGAAAACACGAAAUGUUUGAUUGAACUGAGAUGUGAACAUAGAUAAAUUUUUCAUUUAGAAUUUCACAAAGUAUAAAUAAAUUCAUAUAGGUAUAUAUAAACGCUUUUUUGUUCAUUGCAAAAGAUCUAAAAAAAACAAAACAAAGAAAAAGAAAAAUUAUGUAUUAAAAUUUAUUCGCUUGAAAGUGACGCAUAUAUUAUUAUUAUAAAAAUAGGAAAAUUUAUAAUAUAUUGCUACAAGAUGUGUAUAAUUAUAUUGCCGAAUAUUUAAAUUAGAAUACGCGCGACAUAUAAAUAAAAAAAAGAUUUUUUUUCGUUUAUAGAAAAAAAGGUCGCAUUUAGUAUCGUUAUCAAAGCACAAGCUAUAUAUUAUAUAUUAUAUAUAUAUGGGGUAAAAUUCCUGUAGCGUACUAAGUGAAAGAAAGUUAAAUUGGAUCGAACUGUAACUAGCAAAUAGUUUAAUGUUAUAGGGGUGAGUACUUUAACCACGAAGUAUAUUGUGAGCUUUUUCCAAAAACCGUAGGAGAGGGAAAGGGUUGAAUUUUUUUGAAAAAUUUAAACAGUGAAUUUUUGAAGACUUGUAACUUUUAAACAGAAAGAUAAAAAAAAUUUGACCUAUAUGUUUUCGAAAGGUUUUUUCCUGCUGUUUUGAAUGGAACAAAAUUUUUUUUUAAAAUUCAAAAUUUAAUUUUUUUUUCAAAGUUAAAAAUGUGUAUUUUCACCACAAAAAAUAUUGAAAUGUCCUUUUUUGUUGUUUUCGAGAUAUAAAUUAAUUAAUUAAUAAAUUAAUGUUAAUAAAAAAUAAAAUAUUUUACAAAUAAAUGAAGCUAUUGCAAUUCUAAAGCUAGAUAAGAGAAUUUUUUAUAAACAAUUCUGUUUAAAAAUGAUAAGUUUUCCAAAAUACACUGUUUACAUUUUUCAAAAAAAUUCAACCCCCUCCCUCUCCUUCAGUUUUUGAAAAAGCCUAACAAUACUUCGUGGUAAAAGUACUCACCCCUAGGGCUAAACUAUGUGUAAGUGACAGCCCGAUCCGAUCAACUUUUUUUUCACUUAGCACGCUACAGGAAUUUUAUCCCAUAUAUAAAUACAGAUAAAUAGAUAUAUAUUUAAUUUAUUAUCGAAAAUUUAUUUACUACACCAAUAAUAAUUGUUUAAACGAUAUAUAUAUAUAUAUAUAUAAAUGAGCAAUUCCACGUGAGAUUGAGGGGUCUAUCCUCCGAUUCCUUCUAUACUACGUUUUUGGGUUGAGGUUAUGGGUCUAAUUGAAUUUUGAAAAAAAUAUUUAUUAUUUUUCGAGAUAUUUGCAUUAAAAAAAAAUUAGUGCAACGUUUUUUUUUAAUUAUUCAUAAUUUUUUCACUUUUAGUCCUAGCAAAAAGUUUCUUAAUCGUUUUUUGCUCAGACAAUAUAUCAAAGUUUAAGAAAAAAAAUUAAUUUUAAAAAAUUAAAUUUUUUAAAUUCAUUUAUUUAAAAAAUUAAAUUUGUUUUUAAUUUUUAAACUUGUUAUCGGGCUCCGUUUAAGCUGAAAAAAUUCAUGAACAUUUCUUAAUAUGAGCUAAAGCAAUGUGCCAAAUUUGGCGAAUACCCUAUUUUUCGUUUUCGAGAUAAUAAUUAAUUAAUAAAAAUUAAUGAAAAAUGAAAUAUUUUACGAACAAAUAAAAUUAGAAUAAUUUUAAAAACGCCAUUUUAAUGCUUAUCAAAAUCCGCAUCCAACGAGCCCUAUAUGAACUAUUUCGGAUGAACGGAUUUUAAAUUAAUAAUUAAUAACAUUUGAAAGAGUGAAGAUAAACAGUUAAUUCUUUUUGUUUGGAAGAUCAUUUAAUUAUUUGUCAAAUAAGACCAUUGCAAAUAGCAUUUUUAACAAUAUAAAUUAUUAACAGAUGAUUAUUGAAAUUCGCUUAUUAAACACCCUACGGCACAACUUGGCGUAGGUUUUCUACCAUCUCGGCACGGUAUUUUUCGGUCUUUCUCUAAAUAACAUUUUAGAAUUAAUUUUCGAUUCUUAAUAAUACUUAAUAUUCUUUUUUUGACACAGAAUUAGUUGCUCUUCCAAACAAAUAAAAAUGAACUGUUUAACGUCACUCUUUCAAAUGUUAUUAAUUAUUAUAAUAUUUAUUAUUAUUAAUUAUUAAUUUAAAAUCCGUUCAUCCGAAAUACUUCAUAUAGGUCUCGUUGGAUGCGGAUUUUGAUAAGCAUUAAAAUGGCGUUUUUAAAAUUAUUCUAAUUUAGUUGUUCGUAAAAUAUUUCAUUUUUUAUUAAUUUUUAUUAAUUAAUUAUUAUUUUGAAAACAAAAAAUAGGGUAUUCGCCAAAUUUGGCACAUUGCUUUAGCUCAUAUUAAGAAAUGUUCAUGAAUUUUUUCAGCUUAAACGGAGCCCGAUAACAAGUUUAAAAAUUAAAAACAAAUUUAAUUUUUUAAAUAAAUAAAUUUAAAAAAUUUACUUUUUUAAAAUUAAUUUUUUUUCUUAAACUAUAUUGUUUGAGCAAAAAACGUUUAAGAAACUUUUUGCUAGGACUAAAAGUGAAAAAGUUAUGAAUAAUUAAAAAAAAAAGUUGCACUAAUUUUUUUUUAAUGCAAAUAUCUCGAAAAAUAAUAAAUAUUUUUUUUCAAAAAUUUUUUUACUCAAUUAGACCCAUAACCUCCACCCAAAAACGUAGUAUAGAAGGAAUAGGAGGAUAGACCCCCUCAAUCUCACGUGGAAUUGCUCAUAUAUAUAUGGGUUAAAAUUCCUAUAGCGUUCUAAGUCCUAAUUGAAGGAAGUGGAGGGGGUUGAUUUGUUUUAAAAAAUGUAAACAGUGAAUUUUUGAAGAGUUAUAACUUUUAAACAGGAAGAUGAACAAAAUUUUGUCCUAUAUUCUUUCGAAAGGUUUUUUCCUGAUUUUUUGAAUGGUACAAAAUUUUUUUUUUAAAUUUAAAAUUUGAUCCUUUUUUGGAAAUCAAAAAUUAAAAAAAUUUUUUUAAGAAGGUUGUCAAGCUAUCUAAUAGGAUUAAGAUUAUUCUGAAAUAUAAUAAAAUACGGUUCUACUAAAUUCUAUUUGAUUUUUUAAAAUUUUCUUAAUCAAAAUACACAUUUUUAACUUAAAAAAAAAAAUAAAAAAAAGACCGAUCUUAAAAAAAGUGAAGAAAAUUUUUGAUUUCCAGAAAAAAAUGAUUAAAUUUUGAAUUUUUUUAAAAAGUUUUUGCACCUUUCAAAGAGCAGGAAAGAACCCUUCGAAAACAUAUAGGUCAAUUUUUUUUCAUUUUUUUGUUUAAAAGUUUUAAGUCUUCAAAAAUUCACUGUUUAAAUUUUUCCAAAAAAUUCGACCCCCUCCUACAGUUUUUGAUAAAACCUAACAAUACUUCGUGGUUAAAAUACUUACCCACAGGGCUAAACUAUGUGCUAGUUACAGCCUGAUGUGACAAAUUUUUUUUCACUUAGUAUGCUGCAGGAACUUUACCCUAUAUAUAGGUUUUUGAUCUAUAUAUAAUGUUUGUAUGAAUUUGUUUCUUUACAAUCUUUAUGUGAGUUUCAUCCCCAAUUGUAUGGAUUUUUUUUUGUUGUCUUCUUCGUAUUAUAUGAAUUAUAAAUAUAUAUAUAAAAAAAAUAUGUAGACGUUACACGCGAUUCGAGUACUUAAUAAAUAGAGCGAUAGAAAACUUGUAUUUUU